AUGGGUCAAGAGCUGUGUGCAAAGGCUCUGUAGCCUGGAUGCAGCUGCCAUCACUGCUGGGAGGGAGGCAACGCACACAGCUGUCAGAGGAGUGCGCCUGUGACGACGGAGGCUGCGAUCGAGCUAGCAGACCUAAAAGAAGCAUCAUAUUCCAUGACUUCAUUUCACCCCAGGGGACUUCAGGCUGUGCAUGCCCGGAAGUUCAAGAGUAAAAGGCCGAGGAGUAACAGCGAUUCUUUACAGGAAGAAGAUCUGAGGCAAGGUUUUCAGUGGAGGAAGAGCCUCCCCUUUGGGGCAGCUUCAUCUUACUUGAACUUGGAGAAGCUGGGUGAAGGUUCUUAUGCUACAGUUUACAAAGGGAUUUCCAGGAUAAAUGGACAACUAGUGGCUUUAAAAGUCAUCAGUAUGAAUGCAGAGGAAGGAGUCCCAUUUACAGCCAUCCGGGAAGCUUCACUCCUGAAGGGUUUGAAACAUGCCAACAUUGUGCUGCUGCAUGACGUAAUACACACCAAAGAGACACUGACGUUCGUAUUUGAAUAUGUGCUUUUCAUGUUUCAACUUUUGCGGGGCCUGGCAUACAUCCACCACCAACACGUUCUUCACAGGGACCUGAAACCUCAGAACUUACUCAUCAGUCACCUGGGAGAGCUCAAACUGGCUGAUUUUGGUCUUGCUCGAGCCAAGUCCAUUCCCAGCCAGACAUAUUCUUCAGAAGUUGUGACUCUCUGGUACCGCCCUCCUGAUGCCUUGCUGGGAGCCACUGAAUAUUCCUCUGAACUGGACAUAUGGGGUGCAGGCUGCAUCUUUAUUGAAAUGUUCCAGGGUCAACCCUUGUUUCCUGGGGUUUCCAACAUCCUUGAACAGCUGGAGAAGAUCUGGGAGGUGCUGGGAGUCCCCACAGAGGAUACCUGGCCUGGAGUUUCCAAGCUACCUAACUACAACCCAGAAUGGUUCCCACUGCCUAAGCCUCAGAGCCUUCAGACUGUCUUCAACAGGCUGGGCAGGGCUCCUGAAGCUGAAGAUCUGGCCUCCCAAAUGCUGAAGGGCUUUCCGAGAGCCCAUGUCUCAGCCCAGGAAGCGCUGAUUCACAAUUAUUUCAGUGUCCUGCCGACUCAGCUGCACCAGCUUCCAGACGAGGAAUCUUUGUUUACAGUUUCAGGAGUGAGGCUGAAGCCAGAAAUGUGUGACCUUUUGGCCUCCUACCGGAAAGGUCACCACCCAGCCGGGUUUAGCAAAUGCUGGUAAAAAGAAAGGGCGAGAUUACCAAGAUCUUCCAGGGCUAUUUUACUGUUGCUUCAGUUUUAAUUUGCUUCAGCUUACUAAGAAGCUUCAAAUCUAACUCCACACUAGACCAAGGGUUUUAUACCAUCACCUGUGAUGUGGAACAUUUUAAAUACGAUGUCCAAGGCAACAGCACAUAGUCCUUGAAGAAAAAGCAGUGAACAGUUAUUGCUAUCGUCAUUUGCCUAGAAUUUAACAGUGAUUGGCUCAAAAAUUAGACAUAGACGGAAAUCAUCUGAGAAGAGGACUUCUGAAUAAUUUCAUCCAUUUCAUUGUUUGUUAGAGAGAUCCCUGGGCCAGAAGGAGAACAGGACAGAUGGGGACAACAAUUGAAAGACUUUGGAGACGGAGCUCAUGCUUAACAGGGGCCUGUCACUCCUGUGUUCACUCACGGUUUUCCCCAACAAAAGGACUUCUGUGGCCAAGGAGAGGAUUAGGCUAAAGUUUAAAAAAGCCUCCAGGGAAGGUGGUUUCUUGGAUAAAGUUGUCAACAAAAAGACUUGCUUAAGACUCUUUGUUAUGACUUCCUAGGGGUCGCCUCUUCCUUCGCUAACUGGAU